CCCAUCGCGCAGCUCUAUUGGCUUGCAAUGUAGCCACCGAGCAGUUUUCAGUGGUCUAUUACUUAUUGCUGCACAUACUAUCAUCCAGAUAGCUAGCACGCGCUUAAUAUCGCAAGUGUCGACAGCAGUGCGUUAACUUCCUCUGCAAACAGUCGCUCUAUAUAACCGCCGUCCGCUUUACCUCCUAGCAGAGCUAUCACGGCACACCACUUACAACUGGCUUUGAGCUGCCGGAGCCGAACCGAAAAUGUCGCGACUUGCGCACACCCAGGUUAUUGCUGCCCCGGCACGACAAAGCUGCGGCUCAAGUCAAGUUAUGACUUCAUCGAAACGCCCUAGCCUCGUUUCGGCACGGCCACGAAAACGUGUUCAGUGUGCUGACGCGCUUGCGAGUCCGCCGAGCCUCGGUGGCCGCGUCAUCGCGUGCGAGAGCGUAAGCGCUGCAGCAAGUGGAUUCACCUCUACUGGCAUCUCAGCUGCCCGCACAGCUUUGCGGCGUACCAACAUCCCGCCGAGCAUGGCAUCGCCAAGAUGCCCAUUGAGCUCCGGCGCUGGAUUGCCGAGGAGUGGUGGUACCAGGGCCUGCAGCGCCUGGAGAGCGUCCUGCACGAGCCGGGCGAGCAGCGAAGCCUGGAUAACUGAGGACCACGAGCACCACGGCCACGACCACGACCGGUUCGCCUCUACCCUACCCUGGCCGCCCGCCGACGCCGCCAGCUACCUCCCCCCCGCCGUCCUGGCCGCAUGCGUGCCCAGCUCCUUUGACGACUUCUGCCGCCGCAUGUCUGCAAGCGCCGCCGCCGGCCGCCUGCCCGCCGUGCUGCUGGUAUCAGCGGCCAGCUGGGCCCACCUGCGCCCGCAGAUCGAGCCCAUCAUCACCAUCAGCGCGGCUGCAGCAGCCGCUCCCGCCAGCACUGCUGCCAGCAGCAGUAGCAGCGGUGGCAGUCGUGGCAGUGGCGGCGGCAGCACCAGCAACCCAGUGGACAUCCUGGUGGUGCCGCUGGGGGAGGGGUUCACGCAGCGCGCGCGCGCCGCCUAUGCAGCCCUGCCGGGCGACGGCCCCACCCGCCGCCUGGCUCGGCAGUUCGGUCUGGACGUAGCACUGGCGUCAUUGGCCGCAGGCGACUCCGCCGCGCGCGGCGGCUACAUGCCGCGCAGCGUGCCCGCGCUGCUGGUGGCGCGCACCGCGGCUACUGCUACUGCUGCCGGUGGUGCGGACGGCAUCAGCAUGAGCGGCAGUAGCAUGAGCGGCAGUAGCAUCUUCGGCAGCCUGGAUGAGGUGGAGCAGGCGCGGCGGCAGCUGAUGGUCAUGGGCGGCGCUGCUACUGCCGCGGCCGCGUCCAUGGAUGGCCACGGCAGUAGCAGCCACGGGCACGGGCAGCAGCAGCAGCAGCAGCAAGGCCACCGUCAGAAGGGCGGCCGCCGCCGCCGCAGCGUCACGUUUGACGGCCCCUACCCCGCCUGGUGCAUGCGGCAGGAGCUGGCCAAGCACGUGCACAGGCACGCCGAGGCGGCGGCGGCCGCCGCCGCCGAGGCGGCGGCGGCGCAGCAGGAGCUGCUUGCCUGGCAGCGGCUGCAGUUGGAGCUGCAGGCGCACCACCAGCAGCAGGCGCGGCGGCACGAGCAGCAAGAGCUGAGCUACCUGACGGCGAUGCAGGCGGGGCACGCGGCCGCGCUGGACAUGCACGAGCAGCGGCAGCAGCAGGGGCAGGGGCAGCGGCAGGGGCAGGGGCAGCAGCAGCUGGAGAAGGGCCGUGUGCUCCGCCGCCACGUGUGAUGUUGAUCAUCACAUGCUGACUGGGACCUGGUGGCUGCGGCUGCCGUGGAAGAGGCGGAGUGAGAAUGGGGUUGGUGAGGAAGACCGGCGCGCGGGGGUUAUUGGAGAGACAUGCAUACAUGCAGCGAUGGAGGGGUGCGGAUGGAGUGGGGCACGGUACGCUCAAGACAUGAUGCAACCGGUGCACAGGAGAAGGCGAGAGGGAGCAAGGAGGAGAUGAUUCCAAGACGUGAGAGGAGGCGGAAGGCCGCAGGAUCUUGCGGUUUAUCAUCUGCGACGUACGGUGGCUGGCGGAGAGUGCGCGGUGAGAGGCCAGGCGUGCAAGGGUAUGUGUGUGCGUGUCGCGUGAUGCGUCAAAGCAAAGUGAUGGGCGGAUGCGGCCUCGCGCCUCCCUGGCUCUGCGCGGCGCCGAGCGUCAACAUAUAAUUGAGACGGUCAUUGGGUAGCCGUGCAUUUUUGGGUGAUUUUCCAGCACCGGCACUACAAAUAGCGCAGCGCAUGAGCGGCGGUGGCGACCGGAGAUUCAGGCGCCCCAGCACGAGACGUAGGUGACUGCGGGAGCUGCAGUAUAGUAGUAUGCUUCGGCAGAUGCUUCGACGGUUUCAUAUGGUAUAUGAACGGGAACGCAUGAUAGGGAAAGAAACAUUUACGUUUCAUAAAAAAAUAGUAGGACAGAAUGCGUACGUGGAUCCAGACGUGGAAAGGCGGUGUUGUAUAAGUUUGGUGUGUGUAUGUUGUUGUGCCCUGACCAGCAAUAAAGCGAUUGGCCAGGACGGGCACCAAGCGUUUUAUAUUCAUGUGUACGGUGUGUCUUGUGUGGGUUGAAGAGACAAGCAAAGGUCGGGGAACGGAAGCGGGCAAGCGGUGUGGAGUGCCCGGAUAGCGUGCAUGCCGUGGUUAGCAGCUUUCAGUGAAUGCUGCAGCGGUCUGCAUUAUGAACAGCAACAAUAAAGCUACGGCAAGAAUCCCAUAGCGCAUGGCAUGGCCAGUGCCGCCGCGCGGCUUAUCUGCGCUUAUCAAGGCUUAAGUUGUCAGUUAGCCAUUGUUUAUAAAUGUAGAUGGUAGUGUCUCUGGUGGAGGCGUUUGAGCAGAUGGAUCCAACACGACCUGUGUGUGUUUUGCACGUUGUGCCCGCUCGCUUGCGGGACCCCCAGGGCGCGUGGCGCUUGUCCCUCGCUUUUCGGUUUGUGGUAAAGCAGGGCGCGGCUGCAUCGUGGUUUGUUGGUGAAUAGCAUGUUGUCUCCUUCCGCGCGAGGCUAGCUGCAAGCAACCUGCAGCAAGGGAUACGGUACGGUAGAAACCUGGUAUAAAUGCAUGGUGCCAAGGUUAAGCAAUGUGAUUGCUGAGCUCGAUGCGCUUUACGAGUCAGUCACCAUAUGUACAUCGCUUGGGUGCGGUGCACGCGCUGACAUGCGUACGGUACCAUCAGCGAUUAUAGAGAGGCACCACCAGGCCAACAGAGCUGUGCAUGUGCGUGCGUGCAGCUGUGUGCAGCGCGGCAAUUGGGUGCGAUGGGACAGGGUAAGGGGCAGGUUGGGGCCAUGCAUCCGUCGACAAGUUGCGAGCUUGCGGUGCUUGUAAUCCCAAUGCUUG